UACAGGAAGUGGGCUCAGCACAUACAGAUUUCUGAAGUAGAUUAAGUAGCCAUGAUGUAAAACAAAGUUAUAAAAAGUUUUAUUUUCUCGUUUGUGGUUUUCUUAAAAGAAGUAUUUAGGAGAAGCCUGCACGACUUGGUCACAUUCAUAAGUGGUGGACAUACUGUACAGUACAGCCAGAAGUGUAAUUGGACAUAAUGUGACUGUAUCAUCUGGAGAAGACGCACAUCUGAAUUGCCAAAUGUUGAAAACAAAUGAGCCCAUGACAAGUGCUACUUGGCAAAGACGAACAAAGGAAAUGCCACAAAAUUAUGAUUUCUUCAUUAUGACUUUAGAUCACAAUGAACAUAAUUAUUUGGGGGAGAGGGUGAAAUUCACAGGGAACUUCUCUGGACGUUUAGGCUCCAUUCUUUUAAGAAAUGUCAGUCUUCAAGAUGAAGGCAUCUACACCUGCAUCUUAAACAUCUUUCCAAGUGGACCGUAUGAAACAGAACUUUAUCUUACAGUAUUAGUUCCUCCUGUUGUCACUGUGAAUGUGGCGGUUCAUCCUGUUGCUGGAGACACUGAUGAGCUUUUGCCAACCUGCACUGCAGCCAAUUCAAAGCCUGCAGCAGAAGUGUCAUGGAAUCUGGGUGCAUUAAGAGACUCUGUGGAAGUACAAAUUACCCACACUGUGGACUCUGAAGGAAGAUACACUGUUACUAGCAGCCUGAUUAGCAAGAAGUCCAAAGAUCUAAAGCAGGAGAAUGUUCACUGUUUGGUCUCACACCCUGGCCUGAAAGAGAAACUGAAUUGCACGCUGGCCAUUCACUAUCCUCCUCAGGUGGUUUACAUUUCACCGAGUGGUCCAACAGAAUUUCAUUGUAAAGCAGAUGCCCAUCCCAAACCGACGUAUUUCUCUUGGAGCAGAUGCCUUUUAGUGAAGGAGCCUCUUUCCAGCGGUGAUACAAACACACUGAUUAUUCAGCCGACACCUGACAGUCAUGGCUGUUACUACUGUAUGGCAUCUAACCAACAUGGAAAAAGCAUUUGUUUCUUUAAUUCAAUGAGCAUCACAUACAGUAUAUGCAAAAUCUACAACUCCCUGGAUAUGGUUUAUAUUCAUAGUCCUUCUCUUUCCUCUGGGCUGCUGUAUUUUUGCCAUAUGAAAAAGACAAACAUAUGGAUUUCUAAACUUUGUAGAAAGACAGAGUUGGUGAUGAUAUGAUAGUCGUAAACCCAUGUAAGUACCAUUCUUGCAAAUUCUUGUUUACAAACUGCUUGCAAUGAUUGCUGUAUAGAGAGGUUCAUUGUUUCAUAUAUGACAGGCCAAAUAUUUGCAUCUAUUAGAUUCCGAAUGUGCCAUGAACUAUGUGGACUGAAAUAAGGCUGCUUCUUUAUAAAAGCUUGCAGUCUAUAUGUGUGAUCUGCAUUGCUAGAUAUGAUCUCUAUAAAAAAGAUGUGUCUAUGAUAUAUUGCUAACUGGUAUUGUUUUAAUAGCAGGUUGGUGUGUUUUUCAAUGACAGUCAAGUCAACUUCUUUUCACAACUAAUGCCAGUAAGAGAAUCAUUUACAUUUCUACCAUUAAAAAUGUAUAGAGAAGGAUAAGUGUUUUAUAAUAGAGUGGAAUACAUAUUCUGCCUUCAUGCAUAUCGUCAUGAGAACCAUCUAUUUGAAAGCAAUUGUGACAAUGCAGAUAAUCACAAUAUGAUAAGGGAAUGCAAUCUCCUUUAUAACAUCAGCAUUACAGCCUUUUUCAAUAAAACGCUGGAAUAUGAA